AUUAAUAUCAACACGGGGACUCAGAGGAGGCUCGACAGCACGCUCGAGCGGGACCUCCACUCUGUUACUUUUCAGCCCGAGUAGUCAGGGGUGUAAUCGAGUCAGGGGCGAGAAGAAAGAAAAGAGCUCUGCAUUGCUUCUCUUCCGUCAAUGAGCGUUUGACGUCAGGCCGAAGAGCUUCCUACAGAUGAACACACAAAUGGGCCGAUGGAGGUUACUGAUAAUGAGGAAGAGAAACCUGCUGCACUUCCCGUAUCCAUGAGCACUGAGAUGCCAGACUCCGAAAAGGAGGAGUUGCUAACAAGCAGACAUGCAACAUGGACGGUAGGUGGGUACUUUGUACUCGUGGAUCCCUUUUGUUCGUGGACUCUUAUAUGUCGAGCAUGUCAAGAACGACCGGUGGCCUGUACUAUCUCACUCUACCAUUCCUGUUCUCCGCCACGAUAACUGCUAUCAUGGGCUAUAUUUUCGUUUCCAUACUCAGAACAAUAAAAGCUGCUCAAAUUCUCCGCAAAGAGGGACCAAUGACAUAUUUUGUCAAAGGUGGCACUCCAACCAUGGGUGAACUGUUUUUCAUCCCAGUGGGUGUAAUAGUCGCUGGACUCUUCAACCGGGCCUCGUCCGUCGAAGUCUAUGGAGUAAUGACGAUGACACUGGUUUACGCUGGAAUUGGGCUGCUGGAUGAUGGCCUCUCUCUCUUCCGGAAACACAACUAUGGGCUUCCGGGGAAGGUCAAAUUCACUUUGCAGGUUGUCGCCGGAAUCUUGUUUUUCCGUUGGCUUGAGUCAGCUAAUGUUUCGUCUCCUUAUAAAAUGUGGGCCUCUUUCUAGUCACACCUUUACUGGGAAAGGUGCAUAAGCUCUGGUCUGCAUUAUUUGUUGUUAACUUAGCCAUUAAAGUUCGUUCGUCUAUUGUCAUAAAUUCAUCUUCAGUGCUAGAAUGAGAUCAAUGGUAGACUAAGACGUUCAGCAGUUGUACCUUAGUGUAUUUCGUCAAGAAUACUUCCAGAAAUGCAAAUUGAACUUACCCCCUUCUUAGAAUAGGAUAUUUACAUGAGACCUAUUCGGCCAUUAAUUUUCAAACUUCAUACAGUCGUCCAAACUUCAAACAGUUUUCAAGAAGGAUGGGCGGGAUUUUGCAUCUUUCUUUUGAAACAUCACAGUACUUAUUCUGGCAAUGUGUUAUGUACUGCAAAAAUAAUACACUUCCACUACAACCUC